CGACCAGUCAGAGGAAGGGUGUGAGGUGGAGAAGGAGGGGACUUGCGGUGUUUGGUGCUGCGUGCCUAAGUUUUGUAAAAUUGCUUCGUUGUUUGAAAGCCAAACGAGAGGUCCACUGCAAUGUCUGUCAAACACAGCUGCUCCUUAUUCGACACGUUUUCAACCGGAUAAACCCGCGUUUGGAUUAUUUCUCUUGCUUUAAUAGUGUAGGUAAAGAAAUCAAUUCAUCGGAUCAGUCAGGGCGGGAUUGAUUUUCUCUUUAUUUCUCGACUUGUUUCUUAUUUUAGGAGUGCCGUGUUUGAGCGUUUGGACUUGUCACGAGCAACCGGUGCCGCAACACAGAGUAGGCUACCAGAUCGCAGACUGGAGACUCACACGUGCAUCCUUCCUCCGGCUGCAGGCGCAUCGAUCCUUAAGCACUCUGGAUAAAAGUUGUAUUUGUUCUGUUUGGGAGUUCGUUUUAAUCAGGCAGGAAAAAGAGCCAUAUAACAUGUCGCUCAGCAGAAGUAUUGAAUUUGAACACUUUGAGGAACGAGAGAAGCCUCACCGGACACCGAGGGCCAAUUCGGGCUCCGGAUCCCAGUCAGGCUCCAGAGGCAACGGUCUGGUCCCCAGUCCGGCGCACAGCGCGCACUGUAGUUUCUACCGCACACGCACUCUCCAGUCCCUUACGUCCGAGAAAAAAGCCAGAAAGGUGCGAUUUUAUCGCAACGGAGAUCGAUAUUUUAAAGGUUUGGUGUAUGCUGUGUCUAACGACCGGUUCAGGUCUCUGGAUGCUCUGCUCAUGGAGCUCACAAGGUCCCUGUCGGACAAUGUCAACCUUCCCCAAGGAGUCCGGACGUUAUAUGCCUUGGAUGGAGGCAGGAGAAUCACCAGCCUGGAUGAGUUAGUGGAGGGUGAGAGUUAUGUGUGUGCCUCAAAUGAGCCCUUCCGACGGGUGGACUACAACAAGAAUGUCAACCCCAACUGGUCGGUGGGCUGCAAGACCGGCACAUCACGUUCCCUCUCCUCUCUCAUCACGCUGAAGAACGAGCUGCAGCGUGAGUCCAAGGACUUCAUCAAACCCAAACUAGUCACAGUCAUCCGCAACGGUGUCAAACCCCGCAAGGCAGUACGGAUACUGCUCAAUAAGAAGACAGCACACUCCUUCGACCAGGUGCUCACUGACAUCACAGAUGCAAUCAAGUUGGACUCUGGUGCUGUGAGGAGAUUGUACACUUUGGAGGGCAAGCAGAUUAUCUGCCUGCAGGACUUCUUCGGGGAUGAUGAUGUGUUUAUAGCGUGCGGCCCGGAGAAGCACCGCUAUGCUCAGGACGACUUUAUUUUGGAUCACAGUGGUAAGGCUUCCACAGCCUUUAUAACUGAAUGCAGAGCGCUGAAGACGUCGCACUGCCGCACUGCUACUCCAAACAGGACAGCUAAAAGCCCUGGACCUUCACGACGCAGCAAGUCCCCUGGUUCAGCAAGGCAACCUGUCAACCUUUCCACCAGUCAGUCUCCAAUCAAAUCCCCAGUAAACGGUGUCUCAAGCAGCCAGAUAUCAACUCCAAAGUCCACCAAGUCCUCCACUCCAUCUCCCACCAGCCCCCGACCCAUCCCUUGUUUGAAGAUCCCUCCGUCACAUCACAUCUCGUCCUCAAAUGUAAAUGGCUCAUUGAACAACCACGAGGUGCAAACUAACCAACUGAGUCCAGAGGCAGUUAAUGGUAACCGCUAUCUGCCUGCCUCCACCAUUUUGGAAAAAUACAAGAUUGGCAAGGUCAUCGGAGAUGGCAACUUUGCUGUCGUCAAAGAGUGCGUGGAGAGGUCCACAGGAAAAGAGUUUGCACUGAAGAUCAUCGACAAGGCCAAGUGCACUGGAAAGGAGCACCUUAUAGAGAAUGAAGUUGCAGUGCUGCGGAAGGUGAAACACCCCAACAUCAUCAUGUUGAUAGAGGAGGUGGACACUCCCUCGGAACUCUACCUGGUUAUGGAGCUUGUCAAGGGAGGGGAUUUAUUCGACGCUAUCACCUCCUCGGCCAAAUACACUGAGAGAGACGCCGGUGUCAUGGUGUAUAAUCUCGCUGGAGCUCUAAAGUACCUGCACAGCACAAACAUCGUCCACAGAGACAUUAAACCAGAGAACUUGCUGGUGUUUGAGUAUCCAGAUGGCACCAAGUCAUUGAAGCUGGGGGACUUUGGCCUGGCCACAGUGGUGGAAGGACCUUUGUAUACCGUAUGUGGAACUCCGACAUAUGUGGCUCCAGAAAUCAUCUCAGAGUCUGGUUAUGGUUUAAAGGUAGACAUCUGGGCUGCAGGUGUCAUCACCUACAUCCUUCUUUGUGGCUUUCCUCCAUUUAGGAGUGAGAAUAACCUGCAAGAGGAUCUGUUUGAACAGAUCCUUAUGGGGCGACUGGACUUUCCCAGUCCUUACUGGGAUAACAUCACUGACUCAGCCAAGGAGCUGAUAGGGAAGAUGCUGCAGGUCAACGCUGAGGCUCGAUACACAGCACAAGACAUCCUCUCCCACCCUUGGGUCACGGACGACGCAGUCAUAGAGAACAACAUGCAGAUGGAGGUCACAGGUAAACUGAAGACGCACUUUGACACUGCGACUAAGCACAACAACACCACAGCUGCGGUGUCCGUCAUCAUGAGCACAGCUCUAGAUAAAGAGACCCUCCAGCUCACCAUCCAUCGUCGUCCACAGCCCCAAACAGUGCCAUGUCCACCAACGUCAGCUGGCAAGAAAGUCCCAGCCAAACCAGCCUCGCCAACGAAGUCAGGACCAGCUUCUCCAACCAAACAGGCAUCCCAGGCCAAAGAACCCAAACCCACCAAGACCGCUCGUCUCAAGGCACCCAAGACCGCUGCGCCUGCUGUUCCUGAUGCUACACCCACUCCUAAUGCUCCCUGCUCACAUUCCCCAACUGACGCUGUUGAUGUAUCUCCUUCUGCCCCUAUAAGUUUGCUUUUCUCCCCUUUACCCUCUUCUGAAACUGUCCCCGUCCCCUCUUUGCCUGUUUCCAUCCCUCCUGAAACAACAUCACCCUUCGCCUCUCCCUCUUUUUCUCUCGAAACUCCCUCACUCUCUGGCCCUCCUGCUCUUUUAACCUGCAACACUCCCUUUACACCCGUGUCAUGCCCUUCCCCAUCAUCUCCAACCAAACCAGCCCAAACCUCCUCUUCUCCCACCAAACCAGCCUCUCUUUCUCCCACCAAACGAGUCCCUUCCUCCUCUUCUACCAAAAAGGCAACAUCCCCAUCAACUUCCCCUUCAAAACAAGCUUCCCCCUCCCCAAUCUCCCCAAUCAAACCUGUCAUGUUCUUCCCUUUCUCUUCUCCAACCAAACAAAAACCUCCCUCCCCCUCUCCCAUCCAUCCAACGCUGUUUCCCUCUCCUCCCUCUACACCGCCCAGAUCCACGACCCCGCCCUGUCUCGCUGGCCCUCCAUCUCCUAACCCCGAAGCUGAAGAGCUAAUGGAGGAGAUUUAAAUGGCAAUUCUGUAGCCAAUUUCUCCCCUCAGUCCUUCUCUUU